GGAAGAAAAAUUUAGACCAGAAAACCAUUUCUUUUCAGAUAUGCUUGUAAAAUUUGAUGUUUGAUUCUUGUCGAAUAUAGUCAUUUGCUGUGCAUUGAUGCUUUUUUUUGUUCGAUCAUCGAUGCCUGGAAAGGGAUUUGUUGAUGCGUUUAAGAACUUCCCCAAAAUAAUUUGUUGUUUGGUAUUCUGUAAACCGUCGCCAUUUUGUCGUUACUGCAAAUCUUUUGCGACUACGGUGAAAUACCCAGAGGCAGCAGUGUCAAGCUGCAGCUGACGACGCUAGGGGGCAGAGGUGGUGGUGGCAUUUGACGCGACGCGACAGAGAGAGAGAGGGAGAGAGAGAGAGAGAGAGGUGUGGGAAUGGAGGCGCUAGGUUGGUGGUUGAUGCUGGUGGGGUCUCUUCGCCUCGCCUCCGUCUGGUUCGGCUACUUCGACAUCUGGGCUCUCCGCCUCGCCGUCUACUCCAAAUCCUCCCUUACCGAAGUGCACGGAAGGACAUUUGGAGUGUGGACACUUUUGACUUGCACACUUUGCUUCCUCUGCGCAUUUAAUCUAGAGAACAAGCCUCUCUACCUUGCCACGUUUCUUUCUUUUAUUUACGCGCUGGGCCAUUUCGUCAGUGAGUACUUGAUAUAUGAAACCAUGGCAAUCACAAACCUUACGACAGUUGGUUUCUUUGCUGGUACAUCGAUCCUUUGGAUGAUCAUCAGGUGGAAUGCUCAUAAACCUCAAGCAAUGAAGCAGGAAUAAACCAUGUCAUUGUUUUGUAUAUGCAGAGAGGACUAGCCUAGCUGAUAUCUGUUGAGUGGUCUACUGUCACAAACCUUUUGUCUCUCUGGUUACUCUGCUACCCUUUACCUCAUGUUUGUUUGUUAAGCAUAUGAAAGAUUGUCCUGUCAAUGCACUUGAAAUACGGGUCUCUUUGUUCGA